CACACUGCACGAGGAGCACAAGCCACAGAGUCGGAUUGUCUGAGUGUCUACUCUGUAUACCAGCCUUCUAUCAAUCUCGUUGUCUGGUCUGAACUCCGCCACGUCCCCGUUUACACCUCCAUCCACCCUCUUUCCUGACUGAUUCAUUAUCUAAACCCCACGGUUCCAGCAUCUUGGAGAUUCUAGAGGAACAAGCCUCUGCCUGCAACAUGUCCCCCCCAGCGAUCAUAGCCCCUUCGAUAUUGAGUGCCGACUUUGGCGCAUUAGGAGGAGCAUGUUCAAAAACAAUGGAACAAGGGGCCGACUGGCUUCACGUUGAUAUAGUAUGUUUUGAAACAAGAAAGCCGAAAGUAUAAAGAAAGAGUGAGCAUCGGGACGGCUGACGACCGCUUCCGACAAAUCUAGAUGGACGGACACUUUGUACCGAACAUGACCUUUGGAGCUCCCGUUGUCUCCAUGAUUCGAACCCAUGUCGAUCGACCCAAGACCGCCGGUGGAAGAGGAACUUUUGAUUGCCACAUGAUGAUAGCAGAGCCACAUCGAUGGGUGUCGACAUUCCGCGACGCAGGGUGUGAUCUCUACUGCUUUCAUUACGAGGCGGCCGUGACGUCCGUUGCGGCCACAGAACCCGCCGACAAAACCACCACGCGCAAAACAUCUCCGAAAGAAUUGAUAAAAUACAUUCACGAUUUGGGCAUGCAGGCUGGCAUUGCCAUAAAACCGGACACGAGUGUCGAUGUGCUGUGGGAGAUUUUAGAUAAUGAAAAUGCCGCAGAGCGGCCAGAUAUGGUACUUGUUAUGACUGUUCAUCCUGGGUUUGGUGGACAAAAGUUCAUGGCCAGCGAAUUACCCAAGGUUUCUGCACUUCGCAAAAAGUAUCCCGAAAUGAAUAUCGAGGUUGAUGGUGGUCUGGGUGAAUCGACGAUAGAUCAGGCAGCGGAUGCCGGUGCCAAUGUCAUCGUCGCCGGUAGUGCCGUGUUCGGAGCCAAGGAUCCAGGUCAAGUCAUCAAUGCUCUGCGGGAGGCCGUCGAGAAGAGAAGAGGUGGGAAGUUAUAGCUGCCGAAUUCCCUGGCCUUCUCUAAUCAGGAAGAAACCAUUUUACUCUCAUGAUCUCUGCGGAUACACACGCUUCACCUGCUCCGUCAACUGAUGCGGAUUCAGCACUUUGUGGCAUGGGAAGACUUUGUGCCUGAGGAUCGGAACAGACCCUAUUUAGGAGAUUCAAAGUAUACAUUUCAAGAAUACCACGAUAUAUACCUAGCUCCUGUACGAAGUGCCAAACGUCGAUAUUUGACUUGACGGCAACCCAAAUUAAAUACCAGGCAACGGCUCUACAUGAUUGCACGGGGCGUAUCGAAU